AAUCGAUAAGCGUUCGCGCGUCGAUCUCCAUCUCAACACCACCAAAACACAAACAACAAAACAGCGCACAACCCACCACAUCACCACAACCACAACCCCUCCCACACCCCCACCACACAACAAACCACCCACCCACCAUGAACCCCGAACACCGCAAAAUCGAGCUCCAAUCCCCACAAGACCUCACCUACCUCACAACCCAAAUCCGCACCGCCGCGCUCCAAAAACUAAACCUGCACCUCCCGCCCGUCACCGACUCCGCCGAGCCCGACGACCUCCGCACCCAGGUCGAAGCCCUAGUCGACGCCUUCGUCGCGCACGUCCUGCAGGGCAUGCGGCACAACAUCAGCAUCAACGGCAUCGACGUCGUGGCCUCGGCGCAGGCAUGGAGCGACUCAGGGGAGCGCAUGGAGGGCGUGAUUUCGCAGCAGGAGCUGGAAGUCGAGGGCGUCGAGUUUGAGGCGUUUGAUGAGAAGCUGCGGGGGAGGCUGGGCAGUGCUGUCUUGAAGAGGGAUGCGCUUGUUGCGAAGAUUAGCCAGCAUAGGCGCGCGACGCCGGCGGUGGCGGCGCGCAGGUUCGAGGAGCAGUGGGUUAGUGAGAUGCAGGGGUUGGAGCAGGGGCAGGUCGGUGGAGAGGAGGAGGCGCUUGGGGACGAGGCGGUGAUGCUGGCUAUGCAGAGGCAGGAUGAGGUGCAGAAGAAUUGGGAGAGGGCGGUUGAGGGGCUGGCGAGGUUGAACAAGGGACUUCCGGAGACGAGGGCGCGGUUGGAGAGGUGUGGAGAUGUGGUUGGCUAUCUGGGGGGUGGAGAGAAGAAGUAGUGGAUUGGGGAGGUUGUGUUUUGCUUCGAAAGGGCGAGAACCCUAGAUGGAUGGGAUAAGAUGGGAUGGAGAGUUGCAAUGGCGUUCUGGCGCUAGGUUUUGGACUCGGUAGAGAGGGAAUACCCCCAUGUUCUUUCGUCAUGAGCUGCAUUUGGAUGGCGUCGAAUUGGAAUUACGAUUUUGCACUUGAGUCGAAUGUUUGCAUGUCCGCUUGCUGU